GCUAAGCUAGCGGUCGAGCUCUUUCUUUAGUAAUGCCUCUCGCAUUUGCAUACCAAGUUUGCCUACUUCCACUACUGCUGCUUCUCCCCUUCGUGGGCGGAUCCUCGCACGACGAAGUUGAUCACCUUCACCAGAUUGGACAGAGCAGUCACAAGAUCUCCAGAGACGGCAUCCACAAACUACUGGUCAAGGAUGAUAAGAAGACAUCCGAUAUUGCGCUCCAUGGGAUUCUGCUGUGGGUUUCGAUGGGUGUGUUGUCCCCUCUUGGCAUCCUCACCAUCAGGCUGUCCCUUAGAGAACAGGGCAGCAAACGCAGAGUCUUCUUCUAUCUCCACAUUGUUUUCCAGGCACUUUCGGUACUUCUUGCAACUUCAGGCGCUAUAUUAUCUAUAAUAUCGUUCGAGAACAAGUUUGACAACAACCACCAGAGAAUCGGCCUUGCUCUUUACGGAGUCGUUUGGUUGCAAGCGGUCCUUGGAUUCUUGAGGCCUCGCAGAGGGAACAAAAGGAGAAGCACAUGGUACUUUGCCCAUUGGGUACUCGGAACUGUGAUCUCUCUGGUUGGGAUCAUCAACGUUUACACAGGGUUAGAGGCUUACAAGAAGAAGACGUCAAAAGGGACAAGGCUGUGGAGCAUCAUUUUCACAGCUCAGGUCUCUUUCAUGGCUUUCUUCUACCUUUUCCAAGACAAAUGGGAUUACAUGCAAAACCAAGGAGUGAUGUUAGGGCAUAAUGAUCAUCAAGAUCAAGAAGGCGCCGGCGGUGACAGUAGUAACGCACAGAUCGGAAGCCAGAAGGCGCUGGUGCCUCUGCAGCAGCCAUCUCGUCCUAAGCGCAAUGCACUGCAGAACUUGUUUGAAUAGCUAUAUAUAUACAUGCUGUUAAAAUCAUAUAUUAUUUAUGUGUUGAUAAUGGUUAGUGACUUAUAGAUUAUAUUUUGGUUUGAUUUUGAAUAUUCUUCUGGUGAAAUUUCUGCUUUUUUUUUUUUUUUUUUUUUUUGGAUGGGGGCUUGCUUAAAUGGAUACCUAUAUAAUACUCUUAUAAUUAUUUUUUUG